GGGGCGGGGCGCGAGGCAGGCAGUUGCUCUUUUCAGUCUCUAACGGUCGGUUAGUCGACGCCAGUCCUCAAUUAGAGUCGGACGCUGAGGGCGCGAGCAGGGAGUAGCCGAUAGCCGAGGCACCAUGCGUGAAUGUAUCUCUAUCCAUGUUGGACAGGCUGGAGUUCAGAUUGGUAAUGCUUGUUGGGAAUUGUAUUGUCUUGAACAUGGAAUCCAACCUGAUGGUCAGAUGCCGAGUGACAAAACCAUAGGAGGUGGUGAUGAUUCCUUUAACACAUUUUUUAGUGAAACGGGAGCUGGUAAACAUGUGCCCAGGGCUGUCUUUGUGGACCUUGAACCAACUGUGGUUGAUGAGGUGCGUACAGGCACUUAUAGGCAGUUGUUCCAUCCUGAGCAACUUAUUACUGGAAAAGAAGAUGCUGCUAACAAUUACGCUAGAGGCCAUUAUACCAUAGGAAAAGAGAUUGUUGAUCUAGUGCUGGAUCGCAUUCGCAAGUUGGCUGAUCUGUGCACAGGUCUCCAGGGUUUUCUCAUUUUUCAUAGUUUUGGAGGAGGUACUGGCUCUGGUUUUGCAUCUCUGCUCAUGGAAAGACUCUCGGUUGACUACGGCAAAAAGUCCAAGUUGGAGUUUGCAAUUUACCCAGCCCCACAAGUGUCUACUGCUGUAGUAGAGCCUUAUAAUUCUAUCCUCACUACACACACGACACUGGAGCAUUCUGACUGUGCAUUCAUGGUAGAUAAUGAAGCCAUUUAUGAUAUUUGUCGACGUAAUCUUGAUAUUGAACGUCCUACUUACACAAACCUAAACCGCCUCAUUGGCCAGAUUGUUUCAUCCAUCACAGCUUCACUUCGUUUUGAUGGGGCUCUCAAUGUAGAUCUGACCGAAUUUCAGACAAAUCUUGUCCCAUAUCCACGAAUCCAUUUCCCUCUGGCAACCUAUGCACCCGUCAUUUCAGCUGAAAAGGCAUACCAUGAGCAGUUGUCUGUGGCUGAAAUUACUAAUGCCUGUUUUGAGCCAGCCAAUCAGAUGGUAAAGUGUGACCCUCGCCAUGGUAAAUACAUGGCCUGUUGUAUGCUGUACAGAGGUGAUGUUGUCCCAAAAGAUGUCAAUGCAGCUAUUGCAACUAUCAAGACAAAGCGUACCAUUCAGUUUGUGGAUUGGUGCCCAACUGGAUUCAAGGUAGGCAUAAAUUACCAACCACCCACUGUAGUACCAGGAGGGGAUUUGGCCAAGGUGCAGCGUGCUGUUUGUAUGUUGAGUAAUACAACUGCCAUUGCAGAAGCUUGGGCUCGUCUUGACCAUAAGUUUGAUCUGAUGUAUGCUAAGCGAGCAUUUGUGCAUUGGUAUGUUGGGGAAGGAAUGGAAGAAGGAGAAUUUUCAGAAGCUCGUGAGGAUCUAGCUGCCCUUGAGAAAGACUAUGAAGAAGUGGGUGUUGAUUCUGUGGAAGCUGAGGCUGAAGAAGGAGAAGAGUAUUAAAAGAAACCCAGUAAUAUUGAAUGAUCAACAUUUAAGAGUAAUUUCAUAUUGUGGUUCUCUUGUUCAGUUUCAAAUAAAAAUCUAAAUGUUUUA